GAGGAGGAGGAAGAGGAGGAUGCAGUUUCUGGAUUGAAGGAGGAGGGGGAGAUUACUGUCACGCUGGAGGAAGAGGGAGAAGAAGAGAAGACAGGAGAUCUGAUUAACGCCAAAGAGAGACCAGACUCAGAGGAACCAGAGACAUCUGAACCAGCGAGACGACACCACUGUUCCCAGUGUGGAAAGAGUUUUACCCAUUUAGGGAGCCUUAAAAACCAUAAGAGAACACAUGCAGUGAAGAAGUCUUACAACUGCUCUCAGUGUGGAAAGAGUUUUACCCAGUUAGGGCACCUUCAAAACCAUAAGAGAACACACACAGGGGAGAAGCCUUUCCAAUGCUCCCAGUGUGGAAAGAGAUUUAUCCAGUCAACACAUCUGAACGAGCAUAAGAGAAUACACACAGGAGAAAAACCAUUCCAAUGCUCUCAGUGUGGAAAGGCAUUUUCCCGAUCAGGGGACCUAAAAUCACACGAAAGAAUACACACAGGGGAAAAGCCUUAUCACUGCUCUCAGUGUGGAAAGAGUUUUACCCGUUUAGGGAACCAAAGAAUGCAUGAGAGAAUACACACAGGAGUGAAACCUUACCACUGCUCACAUUGUGAAAAGAGUUUUGCACGGUUAGGCAACCUUAAACUACAUAAAAGAAUACACACAGGAGAAAAACCAUUCCAAUGUUCUCAGUGUGGAAAUACAUUUUCCCGAUCAGGGGACCUGAAAUCACAUGAAAGAAUACACACAGGGGAAAAGCCUUAUCACUGCUCCCAUUGUGAAAGUAGUUUUAGCUGGUCAGGGCAACUGAAAGAGCAUGAGAGAACACACACAGGAGUGAAGUCUUACCACUGCUCCCAGUGUGGAAAGAGUUUUAGAAGGUUGGGGUCCCUUAAAUCACAUAAGAUAUAUACACACACAGGAGAAAAGCCCUAUAACUGCUCCCAGUGUGAAAAUAAGUAUUUAUCAUUAGGGGAGAUGAAAAAGCAUGCGAGAACACACUCUGUAGAGAGGCCUUUCCAGUGCUCUCAGUGUGGAAAGGGAUUUAUCCAGUCAUCACAUCUGAAAGCGCAUAAGACAAUACACACAAGAGAGAAGCCAUUCCAGUGCUCUCAGUGUGGAAAGAGUUAUACCCGGUUAGGGAACUUGAAAACGCAUGAGAUGACACACACAGGAGAGAAGCCAUUCCAAUGCUCUCAGUGUGGAAAGCGUUUUACCUGGUUAGGGAACCUGAAAAUGCAUAAGGUGACACAUAAAGGAGUGUAGCCGCACCUCCGAGUGUGAAAAGGGUUUUGUUCAGUUAAGGGGCUUGAAAGAACAUGAAAGAAUACAGACACAGGAGGAAAACACCACUGCUCUCAUUGUGGAAAGACAUUUUCAGAGGACCUGAAAUCACAUGAGAGAAAAGAGAGGCUGUAUUCUGACUUAUGUUUUUGACUGAGAAUUAGUGUUUUUGUUUAUGUGUCAUGAAAUGUAAUUGUGUGUAUUAAAUCAUACUCACAAAUAUG